AGAGCUCAAACCCAUUACCCAUCUACCUAGAAAUGAUUCUUGUUACUUCUGCCCUUAGCCCUACCCAUCCUGGCCUUAGAAGAAACGAGGGCCAAAAAAACAAUGCGAUCACACUGCACCUCUCUUCUUCGUCGACACAUUAUAGAGUUCUUGGUUAUCGUCUAGUUGCUUCCUCCAUCCAUUCAAAGAGAAGCCAUGACCUUAGCCUCAGAUCAAGAGCAGCUAGGAUAAGCAAUGACCUUGGAGCCGAAGCCGUGAAGCCCAAGCCCAGCAAGCCAAUCAUCAGCAGGAACAGCUUCCCUCCCGGUUUCAUCUUUGGCGCUGCCACUUCAUCGUACCAGAUUGAAGGUGCUUGGGAUAAAGAUGGUAAGGGGCCAAGCAUUUGGGAUCACUACUGCCACACCUAUCCAGAACGGAUAAAGGACGGGAGCAAUGGAGAUGUUGCAGUGGACUCCUACCAUUUGUAUGAGGAAGAUGUAAAAAUGCUGAAGAACAUGGGCAUGGAUGCCUAUAGGUUCUCCAUUUGUUGGCCAAGAAUAUUGCCCAAUGGGACAGUCCAAGGUGGGAUAAACCUAAAAGGCAUUGAAUACUACAACAAUCUGAUCAACUUGUUGAAAGAACAUGACAUAGAGCCAUACGUGACGCUUUUCCACUGGGAAACACCUCAAGCACUGGAUGAGAAGUACGGCAGCUUCUUAAGUUCGAGCAUUGUGCAAGAUUUUAAGGAGUACGCGAAGGUGUGCUUCGACAACUUUGGCGACCGGGUGAAGCACUGGUUCACCUUCAACGAGCCGUACGUCUUCUGCUGUAAUGCAUACGGCAUAGGGAAGCACGCGCCGGGGCGUUGCUCGUCAGCGCAGGAGUGUGCCGUCCCAUUGGGUGACUCCCUCGUCGAGCCGUACACCGCCGGCCACAACCUUCUUCUGGCUCACGCCGAGGCUGCCGACCUCUACAAGAGGCAUCAUAAUAGUGAUGGUGGACAGAUAGGCAUGGCGCUGGUGUCCAUGGGCUAUGCGCCGUAUGAUACAAUGCACUUCGUCAAUGCACAAGCCCAGGCGAGAUCCAUCGACUACAAUCUCGGAUGGUUCUUGGAGCCGAUCGUUCGCGGCGACUACCCCUUCUCCAUGAGGUCGCUGGUGGGGGAUCGACUGCCCUUCUUCACCGACGAACAGCAGAAGAAGAUCGUGGGAUCCUACGACAUGAUGGGACUAAAUUACUACACCUCAAGGUUCUCGACAAACAUCGAUAUUUCACCGAGCUUCUCGCCGGUGCUGAACACUGACGACGCCUACUCCCUCGUCGGAAUAACUGGGCCUGACGGGAAGCCUAUAGGUCCAAAUACUGGAACUGAUUGGCUGUAUUCAUACCCCGAUGGCCUGAAGGAUCUUCUUACGAUCAUCAGGGACAAAUACGGCAACCCACCCGUCUACAUCACUGAAAACGGGGUUGGGGACAUGGACGACGGCACUCUAACCCCUGAAGCUGCUAAGAAAGACACCACCCGGCUCAAGUACCUCCAGGAUCACAUCGCAAUCCUCAAUGAGUCGAUAGAGUUGGGCGCGAACGUGCGUGGACACUUCACCUGGACGCUGGUGGACAACUUCGAGUGGCAGAACGGUUUCACGCAGCGCUUCGGCCUCAUCUACGUCGACCACAAGAACGGCUUCGAGCGAAGCAUGAAGGACUCAGCAAAAUGGUUCGCCCAGUUCAACCAAGCCAAGAACAAGUGAUUCCUGAGAUAUAUUAAGUGAUUACUGGCCAAGUGUAAUAGUACUGUAAACGAACCACAAGGUCAACUUUUUCAUGUAUUGCCGGGCACCAAUGCGCAGGAUCUUUCAGUUUUCCUCACAACUUUCGAUAUAAUAAAGUGGGGUAUCAAUUUAUUGUUUGUAUAAAUAACUUUUGAACUAUAAAUAAAUUAUCUACC